CCGGAAGCACGCAGCUGUCGAGAUGUUGUGUAACGGCGGCGGUAGGGUGGUCUGUGCCUCCCAAGACAAAAGAAGUGUGUUUUAAUUAGUUUCAUUUGUUGAUCGCCAGCUGAGGAGGCAGAAUGGAGUCGGUAGAGUCGGCGGAAGUGGCCGGUUCGGGUCCAGAUCCGGAAGUGCCGGCUAAAAGCCAACCGGCGGAGCUUUCUGCGGCGAUGCGGGCGAAAAUCGAGAGGAACCGCCAGCGAGCCUUAAUGCUCCGGCAAGCCCGGCUGGCGAGCCGCCCUCUGGCCGCCGGAGAGGGCGCCACCUCGGCCAAAGUGUCCAAGACCAUCGACUCCGGAGCCGGGUUCUUCAUCGAGGAAGAUGAGGACGGAGAGGAGGAAGAGGGCGUCCAGAAGAAGGUGGUGCAUCAGCCAGCUCCGGUAAUCGAGCCAGACUACCUGGUGUGUGACGACUGUGACAAACCCUUCAUGGACUCUUAUCUCAGCAACAGCUUUGACCUGUCUGUCUGCGACAAGUGCAGAGACAAUGAGAAGCACAAGCUGGUGUCCCGCACCGAGGCCAAGCAGCACUACCUGCUGAAGGACUGCGACCUGGACAAGAGAGAGCCUCCACUCAAGUUCAUCCUGAAGAAAAACCCCCACAACUCUCGCUGGGGAGACAUGAAGCUCUACCUCAAACUGCAGGUGGAGAAGAGGUGUAUGGAGGUGUGGGGCUCGGAGGAGGCUCUCGAGGAGGCCAGAGAAACGAGGGAGGAGAACAGAGAGGUGCAGAAACAGAAGCGCUUCAACAAGAAGGUCAAAGAGCUGCGCAGGGCGGUGCGAAGCAGCAUGUGGACCAAAAACACCAGCGUUCACCAGCAUCAGUACGGCCCCGAGGAGGUGGUCGACGCAGAGGAGGACCUCUACAAGAAAACCUGCACCACCUGUGGACAUGAACUGACCUACGAGAAGAUGUAGAUUACACACACACACACACACACACACACACACUGGCUGUUACAGGCUUAUUAAAUUGUAUCCAUAAUGCUGGAUGAAGGUUUCUGUUGCUUCUGUGGGGAGCAUCUGAGAUCCAAACCCAUCAAACUACCUCUAAAUGGAAACCCUCAAGCAACUUGUUCCCCUGGAUCUUGAAAGUUUUUUUUUUUUCGACACGCUCCCAUUCAUUCCAAAUGUCUUUUUCUCCCUCAUCUGUGCUUCUCCUCUCAUUUUUUCUCUCCGUUCUCCUCAUCACAUCCCUAAGUCUUGUUUGUAAGCAACACAAAGGGGCCAUACUCACUCUGUUGAACGCAUUGAUUUUUUCCUUUUUUGAACACAGUUGUAAUUUCCAUCUGAAAUCCCAGCGCCACCCAAAAAUGAGAGGUUUGUAGUGCUGAUAACUUUACUCAGACUUACAUUUUUAGCCACCAACACAUCGCAUUUCAGUCUAGUACUGUUGCUAUAGUUUCUGUUCCUUGAACGUAGCUCAAGUAAGGAUUUCCUAAUAUAAAAAUUGUAGAAGGCACUUUAUUGAAAUUUGAAAAUUGUAUCUAGCGUCAAACCGGUGAUUUUUGGGGUUGCAGUCAGUGACUCAACUGCAGGUUAGCCGAGCUUUGCUGCGUUUUAGAAACAUGAAUCAUAAAUAAAAGAAUGGUUACUGUUGAGCUCUCUUUGUUUUUGUGGUGGACAUACAACUCACAGUUUGUUUCCCAGAGGAAUUCCUCUUUUCCUGUUUGCCCCUCCCCAUUAUUUCCUUCGUGUUAAUAUUUUGAAUAUCACAUCUGUAUUAUUAAUUUAAAGGUCAGCAAGGGUAGGACAAAACAGUCCUCAGUGCGAUACCUACUAUGACUCAUCAAAUUCACAACUUCUGUUAUGAUGUUUUCUGUCUCAUUUGCAUUUGUAGCAUUACAAUUAAAUUCUCUUUAAAAAAAUAAAUAAAUAAGUAUAGUUUAAUGCAUAGGCUGCACUUCUAAAGAAACUCCUGGAGUGGAUUAAUUUAUCAGUGUGUUUAUCAGGGUUUGCUCUGGGGAUGUGCUGUCACCAACACCUUUUUGUUUUGAAUUUUUGUACAAAAUCCAUCAUCCAAACAUGUACAGCCAUGUUGCUUGCCAUGACAUAAUUUUAUUCCAUGUUGUGGCUAUGGGUGGUUGCACCUGGUAGCAGUAAAGUUUUUGGGUGGUGUGCUGAAGGCUCCCGAGACCAACGCUCCUUCUCUUUUGUGUCAUAACUGCGUAAAUGUAAAUAUGGUGCCUCAAAAUUGCUUGGAAAUGGUGAAGACAUGCAGUAUCAGACAGUGGCAACCCUGAACUACUAUUUUAUGCUAUUUAAUAUCAACAAUGAGGAAAUAAGCUUCAUACCAACUUCAUGAUGAUGGUGCUUGUAUCACAGUGUACGUUUGUGUGAACAGGAACAACUUGAUGUGAUUUCCUGGAAUGACAAUAUAAAAAUGUUUUUAUCUUUGUAAUAGAA